AUGUCGAAAAUUGCUCCUAACACCGAGAAUAACAACCAGGAUGAAAAAAUCCUGAUGCCUUACACAUACAUUCAACAAGUACCUGGAAAGCAGAUUCGACAAAAGUUGGCGUCCGCGUUUAACUAUUGGCUCAAGAUCUCAGAAGAGAAGCUCAAGGCUGUUGGUGAAAUUGUUCAAAUUCUACACAACUCUAGUUUACUAAUCGACGAUAUCCAAGAUAACUCUAUCCUCCGGAGAGGUAUUCCUGUAGCUCACUCCAUUUACGGCGUGGCAAGCACCAUCAAUGCGGCUAACUAUGCCAUGAUCAUCGCUUUGGAGAAGACACAGGAGCUUGGACAUCCUAUGGCGACUAAAGUGUAUACAGAACAAUUACUGGAGCUGCAUAGGGGACAGGGAAUUGAAAUAUACUGGAGGGACAACUUUCAGUGCCCUUCUGAAGAGGAAUAUAAAGAGAUGACCAUUAAAAAAACUGGCGGCCUGUUCAUGUUAGCGAUCCGUUUGAUGCAAUUGUUUAGCGAAAACAAGUCGGACUUCACUAAACUGUCGGCGAUACUAGGAUUGUACUUCCAGAUUAGAGAUGAUUACUGCAAUUUGAGGGUUCAAGAGUAUACGGAGAAUAAGAGUUACUGUGAAGACUUGACGGAAGGAAAGUUCAGCUUUCCGAUUAUCCAUGCAAUCAGGAACCCGGAGGGUGACAACCAAGUACUUCAUAUUCUUCGUCAGCGGACUCGUGACGUUGAAGUAAAGAAGUACUGUAUCACGAUACUGGAGAAACUCGGCAGCUUUGCUUAUACCAAAGAAACUUUGCAACGUUUAGACGAGGAGGCAAGAAAGGAGGUGGAUCGACUCGGCGGCAACCCACACUUAGAAGCACUAUUAGACGACCUUCUCAGCUGGCGACAGUAG